AUGAAAACUUGGAUUAACCAAAAGCAUAAACAGAAGCAGGACACUGGUAUUGGUAUGACACGAGAAGAAAUGGUAAAAAAUCUGGGAACAAUUGCUCAUUCUGGAUCUAAGCCAGGGGAGGCAAUCAAACCAAAACAUUGUAAAUGGAUGAAAUUUGUUUCAUGUACUGGUACCUUUGAACUAGCAGAAGCAGAGGGUGUACAGAGGGGAACCAAGAUUGUGAUUCAUCUCAAGCCAGAAAGUCAUGAGUUCUGUGUAGAGAGCUACAUCAAAGAUGUGAUAACAAAGUACAGUAACUUUGUUGGAGUUGAUAUCUUCCUUAAUGGCAAGAAAGUUAAUGUUGUACAGGCUCUAUGGACGCUAGAACCAAGGGACGUAACUGAAGAAAUGCAUGAAGAGUUCUACAGACUGAUCGCCAACACAUAUGACAUACCUAGAUACAGUCUACAUUACAAGACUGAUGCCCCGCUCAAUAUAAGAGCCAUUUUCUACGUACCUAAAUACAAACCAUCAUUGUUUGACAUGAGUCGUGAGUCAUUGUUUGACAUGAGUCGUGAGACAGAAGUUAGUCUACAACUGUACAGUAGGAAAGUUAUGAUCAUGUCCAAGUCCAACACAAUUCUUCCAAAAUGGCUCAGAUUUAUGAAAGAAAUAAUAUAG